UCCGGUCUCCACAGAAUAAAAGAGCUCAGUAGCAGGUUUAUGAGACAGAGUUAAAAGCCACAGCUCAUACGAAAGGAAGAACAUUCCUAACCAUGAGAGCAAGCAUGAACGUCCUUUGUUUCCUGACUGUCUGCCUGACAUACAUAGCGCUUUCAGAAGGAAUGGCAUUAAAGAGGGCUGGAGAGCUAAGAUGUCAGUGCGUGAAAUUGGAGAGCACAGAGAUACCUAGAAGGCAAAUUCUGAACUUUGAAAUUAUCCUUAAAGGCCCACACUGCAAGAAUUUGGAAGUCAUUGCCACUGUGAAAACUGGUAAAACAACUAGUCAAGAAAUAUGUUUAGAUCCCACUGCCCCAUGGGUCAAGCGGAGGAUUGACAGAAUUUUGGAUUCAUCCAAGACUUCAGCAUCUACCAGAUGAGCUCAGCAAUAGGUCUACUGGUGAAUGGAGUGAAGGCU